CUGCUGAAGUUUAGUACCUAGUUUUAGUACCUACAAGGGAUUCGAGUAGGAGUACGAGUUUUGUGCUGUGAAUUGUGUUUAAUUUUCAGUGGGCGGCUUACAGGAUUUAAAUAUACUAAAUAAAAGUCCAUAAAGGCUAAUGGGCUGGCAGUAACCAUACAUAAUCUCUAUCAAAGUCUAAGGAAAAUAGUGUAAAAUGAAACAAUGUUCAAAUUUAUUUCCCAAUAAAGAAGCUUUCAUUAUUUUCGCGCUUUACAUUAUACUAUUUGUAUUUCAAGGUGUGUUCGUAACAGCAUCGAAAACUGAGAAUGGGGGCUAUGACUACAACACGACACUUGUGGUAUUCUUAUCCGAACUACUUAAAUUAUGUGCAUCUGCAUUUUUAUAUACAUACAAAAGAGACUGGUAUCGGCAAAAACAUAAACCCUAUGUGGUUUAUAUAAAUAAGCCGAACAUAUUCCGAGCCAUUUGCAUGAACUAUAAGCUCCUACUGUUAUACUUCAUACCAUCGUUGUUGUAUUGUUUCUACAACAACUUGGCUUUCAUAAAUCUAUCUCAUUAUGACCCGACGUCCUACUAUAUUCUACUACAGUUCAGGGUCGUUCUCACAGCGUUACUAUUCCAGUUUCUCUUCAAGAAAAAGCUGGCGUUGAUGCAGUGGAUAUCAUUAGGCAUACUGACAGUUGGAUGUAUGAUAAAGAAUUUUGAUGCGGCGUCGAUACAAUCGAAAACUGACAACGAUCUAUGGUCACAAGUAUUUAAUAUAUAUUUUCUAUCAAUUAACUUUCAGAAUUUCUGCUCUUGUUUAGCUGGUACCUAUAACGAAUACCUGCUCAAAACAAAAGGGUCAAACGUCGACAUUUUCCUACAGAAUGUUUUCAUGUAUUUAGAUUCAGUAAUAUGUAACUUCUUUAUUUUAAUGUUUAAAGGCGAGUUGGGAACCAUAUUUAACGAUUUUGGUUCACUCGUUGACAUAUUUGUGAUUCUCAUUACAAUAAAUAGUGCUGUAGUAGGUAUUGUCACUAGCUUCUUUUUAAAGAAUUUAAAUUCAAUUCUAAAAACGUAUGCAAGUGCAUUAGAGUUGGUUAUAACAGCUGUAGUUUGCUAUGUGCUAUUUAAUAUUGUGAUAACAGCAUUCACGGUGUUAUCAAUUUGUCUAGUCAGUAUCGCUGUAGCGAUGUAUUUCAAAAAUCCAGUUAGCAAUGUUAAUAUGAAUGUGGCUGAUAACAAAGACAAAGUACCCCUUUUAGAAGUAACAACAAAUAAAUAAUUUAAAUCCUAGGUAUUAGUGAAUGUGUAUAGUUUUGAAAAAUUAGUAAUCUGCAACUUUUAAAACAGGUUGCUCAAGGAUUUUAUAAAUAUUUGACAUAUAAAAUAACCGUAUGAAAAAAGUAAGAGAUAAUUUUAGCCGUCAUAAUUUAUUCACUGGCCGGUUUCUAUAUGAAUUAAUUCUUUAAAAUUUUCCCAGCAGAAUCUAGCCCCAAAUUUACUUGAAACAAACAUUAUUAACUAUUGUGUUUAUUAUUUAUCCAGUUAUUCUGGCUGCAAAACGCGUUUAAAAGGUCACAAUCGGAUUCGUGCCAUAAAUAAAUUUAAUUAUAAGUCAUGACAAUGUCUCAAAAUGUAUUCAAAUCUGUUCACUUUUUAGUUUGUGGAACGGCCGUUUUUAUCAAAUUUCGUUUAUUAUUGUUAUCUAUUAUUUUAAACGAAAUUAUCCUCAUCACGAGUUUCAAUAAUAAUGUUACAUUCGUCGGUUAAAGAAGUGUGAUCGUUGCGUGCUUAUUAAGAAUUAUUUUUAAUAGAAUAUUAUUACUAUUAUAUUCUGUAAUGUAUUCUUUAUUUAUCUCAUGUGGAAAUUGUUGUAUUUUAAAGUAGGAACUUAUAUCACAUGAUCUUUUAUGACGUUGUUUUUUUUUUCGGUAAGGGUGAGUGUACGUUGGUUACCAAUAGACUAAAUAUUACAAUAAUAGACAAAAAUAUACCUAUCAAGUAUUUGUACUACGUAUUUUAUAUUGUUUAAUUAACUACGAUUUUAUUUUUGUUUUAAUAGUGACAUAAGUGGCAUAUAGGUGAUGAAACAUUGUAGUGAUGUGUCGCCUUUUUUCGUGUAGGUAUGUAAACUACACAAUGUUUUAUACUCAGCUCAACAGGCGGUUAAAAUUAUUUAUAUCUGAGGUGCAGUGCAGGCAGGCGGAUUGAGUUUAGAAUAGAAGAAAUAAACGAGAUACCAAUAUGGUUACAAAUUUAGAUGCUGCAGUACUAGGACCCAGGGUUGUCAUUUGAGGGGGUUUGGGGCCACUACUACUAAAUGUUAGCUGAAAGCCCCCCCCCCCCCUUACUUUACUAAUUAGACUAUUGUCCAUUUUAUCCGGUAAUAUUGGGGGUCCUUGUCAGAUGAGGUUAAUUUUGCAAAAGACGACAAUAAGUCCGUCCCAUCUUAUGGUCUUGUAUGACAAACUGUAACAAUUUGUAUGAAGUACUGCUGUCACAUACUCUAUCUGCCUGUCUGUAUAUCUAGCCUGCACCUGCUCAUGUAGGCACGUUGGAUAGGAAUGAUUAAAUUUAGAACUACUUAUCUGUAAAAAUGUGAUAAUUCGAAUACUACUUUAGCUUGGUAGGUAGGUACCUAGUUUUACCGGUAAUCGGUAUAAAACAGUAAUUUAAAUUAAUGACAGGCAGGUAUAUCUCGAAUGAGAAUGAAUGGCCACUGUAUGUAACAGAUAUUAAUUUGUACUUGCUUCAUAUGCAAAGUAUCUCGCUUACUCACAAAAGUGGUUUACGUCUGUUUUUGAUACGGUUCUCGAUUCCGUCCAGAAAUUUUAAUAUCAAAUAAAAAAAAGAUCGAUUAGCAAUCGGGUUAUGUGAAGAUGGACCGUACGUCCAAAUCGUGCCUCUGCACGAAUUAGCGCUGUGUCGGGUUCUAGAGUAUCAACUCGAUCUCAAUUCGGGUGAAACAAAAUUCGAUUCUAUCGGAAGUAAGCUUACAGUUAUUUUUUAUUCGAGGUAUAUUUAGUAUGACUACUUUUCUCCAUUUUGUUUAUUAUCCUAAAGUAAUGACAUUAACGAGUCACAAAUGCGUAUUGAAAUAAUUUUAAGGUUUGAUUGUAUUUUUAAAUUAAAAAAAAAAAACAUUUUAUUUUAGCUAACACAGUAUUGAUAGUUGGCAAUCGUGGUCAAAAAGUGUAAGUUGUUACAAUAACUAGGUAUAAAUAGUAAACUCCCAGUUACUCAACUAUUAAUCUAGAAUCUUUUGCGUUAUUGUAACAACAAAUAUCAGGACUAUCUAAAUAGUAAAUUAUAUAACUAAAAACUGAAACUUUUGCACACGACUGUACGUGAAAUAUACGAGUUUAUAAUUUAUCAGUAAAGCACGCUUGCAUUUUUAUUGUAAUGCAUGUGACAAGUAAGUGGAGUCAGAUUUAUAGGCCAAGGUGACGUCUGUCUGUAUCAUUUUGUUUUGUCUAUUCAGAACUUGGUAUAGUAUACCUACAUUGUGAAACACGUUACUAAAUUUAUGCAAUCUGUUCAAACCAUACAAGUUACGAGUAGUACACGUAAUAUCACAAAGGUGGUAUUGACGUUUAAUAACUGGGGCAUUACAAUUUGAAUAUAAUUUUUCUUUUGUCGAAAAGCAUUUAGAUUAACCCUUAUAACUCUCGUUUCUAUAGAAAUAAUCUAAAUAAAUGGGAGUCGUGCCUAAUGUGAUGGAUAUAGCUCAAGGCUUUCUAGACUUAGGUCGGUGAUUAACAUAAUAUCAUCGCAACAGGAAACGGGUUAGCUGACAUUAUCAGUAAAGCUGAAUAUCUAUAACAAAAUACUUUAGUUACGCAACUAUAUAGUGCUUGGGAUGACUACAAUGGAAUAGACAUGAGCAUAAUUGUGUCAUGUUCAAUGUCUACCAUUCAAUCACAACAUGCAUUUCAGAGCAUUUCCAACGAUUUAAUUUGUUUUAAUAUUUGGCACAUUUUUAUCAUAUGAAUUUCGAAUUAAACCAUUUAUACAAAAAUAUUUUUACUGGUUUCUUGGCCGUUUAAAGUUAAACACAAUUUGUCUCAGUUAAUUAUGAAUGUAUAAUAUACAUCCAAAGAAUUGAUAUUUAGUUAUUCAUAACAUUCAAAUACAUUUAAGUAUUAUGUGUGGUAGAGAUUUUCGUGUACUCUUUAUGUUAGAUAUAUUUAAGUUUAUUGACCGAUAACUGUGUAAAUAUUUGACUUAAGAAUUAUUUUUAUUGUUUCGUUUUUUUUUUGUAUGCACAUCUAUUUGUCAUGAUUAAGCACAAUACAUUAUGAUUUAUGAAUUUUGCAUGAACUGUUGUGCCACCCAUGACAGUGCCUGUAUUAUGAAGCCCUUGAUACAUGACUGUUGCCAUUGCAAAAGCGAGAUGACAGACUUAACUUCGCAUAACUAGGUCUCGCUCAGACAAUGACAGCGCCCUGUUUAAAGAGUUCAUAGUAUGCGCGCUAAAAGCCCAAUGAUUGUAAAUUAAGUAUAUUAUGUUAUUAAAUUCCUGCAAAGUGAAGCUUGCAUUACAGUGUAGUAAACCAAUUCAUCACAAACAAAAUAAAGAGACAAUUUUAAA